AUGAACGUCUUAAUUUUAGGGAUCGACUCCAUGUCCCAGUUGAGUUACCGUAGGAAAUUACCCAAAACUGUGAAAUAUUUAGAGAAAUUGAAAUCCACCAUUUUGAAUGGGUAUAACAUCGUAGGUGAUGCUACCACUGCAGCUCUCAUCCCCAUUCUGACUGGAAAAGCAGAAUUUGAACUUCCUGAAGUCAGAAAAUCAGAAAUUGAUUCUGAAAUGGUGGAUGUAUACCCUUUAAUUUGGAAAAAGUUUGAGGAACAGGGAUAUGCAACUUUAUACGUCGAGGAUGAACCUUCCCUUGGUGUUUUCAAUUUACGAUUAACAGGGUUCGACAAACCACCAACAGAUCAUUACUCACGGCCAUUUUGGCUGGCCAUCUGGGAAUCCCUUUUAAGAACUGAAAGUGAAAGAUUUUGUACGGGGAAAACCCAACAUCACCAUUUUUCUCUUCAAUACGUCAAAGAUUUCUUCGAGAAAUACCAAAAUGUUUCAAAGUUCAUGUUCGCAUUCCAUACAGAACUCUCCCAUGCGGACAAUAAUCCAGUGCAGUAUAUUGAUGAGGAUUUGACAGAUUUCCUUAAUUUCUUAAAUGUGAAUGGUUACCUUGACAACACGUUGGUAGUUUUAAUGGCCGACCACGGAGCUCGUUAUAAUAAAGUUCGUAAUACCGUCCAAGGGAAAUUAGAAGAACGCCUUCCCAUGAUGUCUUUCCGAUUCCCGCCCUGGUUUCACGAAAAAUUUCCAGACGCCAUAAAGAAUUUAAAUUUGAAUGCCGAAAAACUUUCCACACCUUUUGAUAUCCAUGAAACUUUACUAAGUGUUCUAGACUACAGUAGACUUAGUCUACCAGUGAAUCCAAAUGUUCGCGCCAUGAAUCUGCUGCAGGAAGUUCCGUUAAAUAGGACAUGUAAAGCAGCAGGCAUUGACGUACAUUGGUGCGCAUGUUUGGUUCAAGUGAACGUUGAUGCAACUGAUUAUUUCGUCCAAAAUUCAGCCCUAGAAAUUGUGUCGUAUAUCAACCGAAAGACAGAGAGUCUACGCGAUAUGUGUAUGAAAAUACAACUGGAUAAAAUAGUCAUAGCUGUCAUGGUUCUUCCUAACGAACAAGUGCUAAGAUAUAAAAGUUCGAAGGAUGAUGAUCAGAGAGAGGCUAACUUUACAAGUGAUAUUAAUAUGGACAAAGCCCAUUAUCAAAUCACCAUAGAAACAGCUCCAAAUAUGGGCAUAUACGAAGCUACAGUUGAAGUUGAUUUCCGCAACGAAACUUACAAAUAUAACAUUACUGCUGAUAUUAGUAGAAUUGAUCGCUAUGGCGACCAGCCAAAAUGUGUACAGGAGAAAUACCCAAAUUUACGGAAGUAUUGUUUCUGUCACAAAAAUCAGACUCAUCUUGUAAAUGAGCGACGAAGAGAAAUACUUAAAAGAACUUUCAGUGAAAAAUCUUUAAAAAGGCAGAAAAGAGAACAGGGCUAG